AUGGACUUGAAUAGUUUAAGAGGUCACAUUCCAGCAACGCUCUUUAACAUAUCUACCCUACGGGUCAUUUCUCUUGUUGACAAUUACCUUUCUGGAAAUCUUCCAUCAAAUAUAGGCCAUGGACUACCCAAUCUAGAACUACUUUAUUUGGGUUCCAAUACUCUUAGUGGAGUUAUCCCCAACUCUAUUUCCAAUGCUUCUAAACUUGCUAAGCUUGAUCUCAUUUCCAAUAGAUUCAGUGGCCCAAUUCCAAACUCACUUGGUAGUUUAAGACUCCUGGAGUAUCUAAACUUGGGAAAGAACAAUUUAACUGGUGCAUCUUCAUCUUCAGAAUCAGAACUGAGCUUCUUAACUUCCUUGACAAAUUGUAGAUAUUUGACAGAGUUAUGGGUAGUUGAAAAUCCUCUAAAUGGCACCAUUCCAGUUUCCAUUGGGAAUUUCUCAACUAGUCUUCAAAAUUUUGCUGCAAGUAAUUGUAAAAUCAUGGGAAACAUUCCUGAUGAAAUUGGUAAUUUGAGCAAUUUGCCAUACUUGACUCUAAAUGGAAAUGACUUGACUGGCUUCAUUCCGGCCACAGUCCGAGAAUUAUUGAAGCUUCAGACGUUGAGUCUUGAAGGCAACAGAAUUCGAGGAUCCAUUCCAGAAAACCUAUGCAAUCUAAAGAACUUGGCUUACUUAGGUUUGAGCAGAAAUAAUCUCUCAGCUUCAAUCCCAGCAUGCUUAGGGAAUAUCACUUCUCUAAGAUAUCUUCAUUUAAGCUCCAACAGAUUAACUUCCAGCAUACCUGAAAGCCUGUGGGGCCUCAAAGAUCUUUUUAAGAUCCGAUUACAGUCAAAUUUCUUAACGGGUCGUAUAUCCCCAGGAAUCAGUAGUUUAAAGGUUGCAACAGUUAUAGACCUCUCGUUGAAUCAGUUCUCAGGUGAUAUUCCUAGCAGUAGCACAGUUGGUGGUUUGCAAAACGUUGUUCAACUCUUUUUAGACCACAAUAGAUUACAAGGAUCUAUUCCUGAGUCGUUCAGUGGGCUGAUAAGCUUGGAAUUCUUGGAUCUGUCCCAUAACAAUCUCUCAGGCGUGAUACCAAAAUCGUUAGAGGCACUCCUAUAUCUUACAUACUUCAAUGUUUCUUUCAAUAGAUUAAGCGGGGAGAUUCCCAAUGGAGGUCCUUUCAUGAACUUCACGAAGGGAUCUUUUAUGUCGAAUGAAGCAUUUUGUGGUGCUCCUUGGCUGCAAUUCCCGCCAUGUGAUUCUAAUUCUAACCAUAGAUCAAAGAAAAGGAGAGUGCUUCUAAUUGUAUUUGUCUUGCUGGGGAUUGCAUCAAUAGUUCUUGCUUUGACCGUUGUAUUAUUGCUGAUAAGAGGUCGAAGAAGGAAUCACACACCGACCCAAAAUGAUCUUUUGUCCAAAAUAAUGCACGAAAGAAUUUCAUACCAUGAACUUCGAAGAGCAACUGAUGGAUUUAGUGAAAGCAACUUAAUUGGCACAGGAAGUUUUGGCUCAGUUUACAAAGGGAUACUUGCAAAUGGGACGCCUUUUGCCAUUAAGGUAUUCAAUUUGCAAACAGAAGGUGCAUUCAAGAGUUUUGAUACUGAAUGUGAUGUAUUACGCAACCUACGCCACCGAAAUCUGACUAAAGUCAUUAGCAGUUGCUCUAAUCUUGAUUUCAAAGCCUUAGUGCUCGAGUACAUGCCUAAUGGGAGUCUCGAAAAGUGGUUGUAUUCUCACAACUAUUACUUAGACAUUACACAGAGAUUAGACAUAAUGAUAGAUGUGGCAUGUGCAUUGGAAUAUCUUCACCAUGGUUAUUCAACACCUGUUGUACACUGUGAUUUGAAGCCCAGCAAUGUCUUGCUGGAUGUAGAUAUGGUUGGACACUUGACUGAUUUUGGCAUUGCAAAGUUAUUUGGUGCUGCAGAGAGUCUUGUACAAACCACGACCCUUGGAACAUUGGGGUAUAUCGCACCAGAGUAUGGAUCGGAAGGAUUAAUAUCUACAAGGUGUGACGUUUACAGCUAUGGUAUUAUGUUAAUGGAAACGUUUUCAAGAAAGAAGCCUACUGAUGAAAUGUUUGCUGGAGAUUUGAGUCUGAAGGGUUGGAUAAAUGAGACACUGUCAAAUGCGAUCAGCCAGGUCAUAGAUGCCAACUUGAUUAGACCCGAGGAACCGAACUUAAUAACCAAGGUCCAAUGUGCAUCAUCCAUCAUGGAGUUGGCUUUAAAUUGCAGUGUAGAAUUACCAGAGGAGAGGAUCUACAUCAAAGAUGUUUUGUCAGCCCUCAAGAAGAUCAAACUUCAGUUCAUUGCAAAUUGUAGAACGGUUUAA